AUGAUUUGGAGUGACUUCAUCCGGACAUUAAUCUUCAUUUCUCUAACUGGAUGUGGAAUUAUAGCGAAUAUCCUAAUACUUAUGAGACAUGUAUAUACUCUUAUCAUGGGAAUUGAGAAAAAGCCCAUAACCCUUAUCCUCAGUCACUUGGCUUUUUCAAAUAUAGUCAUGAUUUAUAGCACAGGCAUCACACAAGUAUCUGCAGUGUUUUAUUUGGGGAACUUCCUAGGUGAUGUUGGUUGUAAAAUUGUUAUUUUCCUGGGAAGGAUGGCUCGAGGCCUUUCCAUCUGCACCACCUGUCUCCUCAGCAUGGUCCAGGCUGUCACCAUCAACCCCAGGAUGACCCUGUGGAGAAAACUCAAACCACAGACUGCAGGGCAGGUUCUUUCCUAUCUCCUCCUCUUUUGGAUCUUUAAUUCUCUGAUAAGCUCCAACCUGCUACAUUAUAUCACAGCAGUCAGUAAAAUGAACAGAUCUGGAGUUGGCAUGUAUGAUGUGUAUUGCUAUAUGCUACCAAGUAGGCAAGUAGUGAAGUGGUCUUUCAUCUCCCUCAUGACUCUCCGUGAUGUCGUCUUCCAGAGUCUCAUGGGCUGGAGCAGUGCGUCCAUGGCUGUCCAUCUGUACAAACAUCACAAGCUUGUCUCCUACCUCCAUACCUCCAAGAGUAUAAACAAUUCCAGCCCAGAAAUCAGAGCAACACUGAGCACUCUCAUUCUCAUGACCUGUUUCCUUUUCUUUUUUUGGGUAGAUUUCAUUUUCUCCUUCUACACAGGAUACACAGUGACUCAAGAUUCCACCACCUUUAUGAUUAAAAAUAUUCUAGACCCCGGUUAUGCUGUUCUCAGCCCCUUUGUCCUGAUCACCAGAGAUGUCCACAUUGCUAAAUACUGGUGUGCUCACUAA